AUGAUGCUGUCUUGGAAAUGCGCGCCCUGUCAAAGGGGGUUCUUAAUGCGAGCGCAACUUAGCCUACGCUCUGCCGGCCCAAUCUCUCUCCAGACGGGACUACUCUUGCCUCAGAGUUCUUUGAGAUCAUAUUCAGUAUCAGUCACUGAUGAGAAAGUGUUCAGUGCCUCCCUUUCCCUAUCUGCUUCAUCUAGAUUCAACGAGAUUGGUGUUCAACAGUUGAGUGACUAUGUACAUGCUCAAGUUUUUCCAGGAAAGGGCCGAGUGCCCGAUCCCGAACUAGUGGCACUCUCCAAAGAUCACUUGGCCAGACACGACCUUCUAGGGAAGUCUCAGACUGGCGCCGAACCGAUUGCUUUCGAUCUGCCACCGCUUCAUGGCCAAACACUCGAUGAACAUUUCUACAAGCUGGGAUUAGAUGCGUCAGAACCCUACCUAACCGAUGCGAAGACGUUUGCUGCACUGAGCUGUCCCCCGAAACCGCGCAAGUGGGUGAAGCGUAGUGGGUGGACGAAGUACAAUUCAAAUGGAUCUUCAGAACCCGUUGAUGCCCCAGACGAGGCGAUGCUGACUUUUGACACCGAGGUCAUGUAUAAAGAUAAUCCAUACGCAGUGAUGGCCUGCGCAGUGAGUCCAACUGCCUGGUAUGCGUGGAUUUCGCCAUGGCUCCUGGGAGAGACCGAAGAUAAGGUCCAUCUGAUUCCUCUGGGUGAUCCUUCUAAGCCACGGAUAGUGGUCGGUCACAACAUAGGCUAUGAUCGCGCGCGAGUGCUGGAGGAGUACAAUAUGAAGCAGUCUCGCAAUUUCUUUCUCGAUACCAUGUCGCUUCAUGUCGCUGUCAAUGGAAUGUGCUCGCAGCAAAGGCCGACCUGGAUGCGACACAAGAAGAACAAGGAUCUUAGGGACAAGAUCGCGAGUGAACACAACUCCGUUGAAUUGGCUGCGUUACUUGAGAGCAAUAUGCUUCGAGAAGAAGAGGAAGAACUAUGGGUUGGGAGAAGCUCUGUGAACUCCCUACGAGAUGUUGCCAAAUUUCAUUGCGACGUCACCAUCGACAAGGCCCAAAGAGAUUUCUUCGGAGAGCUGGAUCGAAACACGCUUCUCACAAAGCUGGAGGAACUGCUAGACUAUUGCGCCGCUGAUGUUGCAAUCACGCAUCGAGUUUUCCGUAAAGUCUUUCCAACCUUCCUCGAGACGUGCCCUCAUCCCGUCAGCUUCGGAGCCCUUCGACAUCUUUCGUCGGUCAUCUUGCCCGUGAAUCAAACAUGGGAGGAGUAUCUCACGAGAGCUGAAGAAACAUACCAUAGACGACUCGACGACGUGCAACGGAAGCUUCAAGAGCUCUGUGAUGCAGCGUUGGAGGUCAAGUCGCAACCUGACGUGUACACAAGCGAUCCUUGGCUGCAGCAGCUGGACUGGUCUGGCCAGGAGAUCAAGAUGGCCAAGGGCAAGAAGAAGGGCGACCCACCGCGGCCGGCUGCCAGGCAGAAGAAGCCCGGUAUGCCGAAGUGGUAUAAAGAUUUGUUUCCGUCGAGUAAGGCUGAUAUCAAUCUCACUGUGCGUACGAGGAUUGCACCGAUACUACUCAAACUCUCAUGGGAUGGCUAUCCUCUGGUCUGGUCAGAUAAGUACGGGUGGACGUUCCGUGUUCCUCGAGACCAAGUCAAAAAAUAUGAAAAUCAGCCAGUCGUCGCAUGUGACAUGGCCGAGGAGCCGAAUCUGCAGCUUCGUGAUGAUCGAAGAAACGUCUACUUCAAAAUCCCCCAUAAGGACGGUCCACAGGCUCGAUGUACUAAUCCUUUGGGAAAGGGGUACAUGCAGUACUUCGAGCGCGGCGUUCUGUCCUCCCAAUUCGAGCUUGCCAAAGAAGCAUUGGAAAUGAAUGCCUCUUGUUCAUAUUGGAUCAGUGCCAGAGACCGCAUUAUGGGUCAAAUGGUCGUCUAUCAAGAUCAAAUGAACCGGAUGCAACCAAAUGAGAGACCAAUUGAGACCCGCCUGGGUUUCAUCUUGCCCCAGAUCAUUCCCAUGGGCACCAUCACCCGCCGCGCUGUCGAAAACACAUGGCUUACUGCGAGUAAUGCAAAGUCCAACCGGGUUGGCUCUGAACUCAAAGCCAUGAUCAAGGCGCCGCCCGGCCAUGUAUUUGUCGGAGCGGACGUGGACUCCCAAGAGCUGUGGAUUGCGAGUUUAGUUGGAGACGCGCCUUUCCAACUGCACGGUGGCAACGCUAUCGGAUUCAUGACUCUAGAAGGAUCAAAAGCUGCUGGGACCGACCUUCAUUCUCGGAGUGCCUCCAUCCUCGGUAUAUCGCGCAAUGACGCGAAAGUGUUCAACUACGGACGAAUUUACGGCGCCGGCGUCAAAUUCGCUGCUACGCUUCUGCGCCAAUUCAAUCCUUCCCUGACCGAAAAACAAACGCAAGAAACUGCAGCCAAUCUUUACAAGGAGACCAAGGGAAUGCGUACAUCCCGUCGCGCUCUCAGUGAAACUCCCUUUUGGCGAGGUGGCACUGAAUCGUUUGUCUUCAACAAGCUCGAGGAAUUCGCUGAUCAGGAACGACCUCGGACCCCAGCCCUCGGCGCAGGAAUCACUGAAGCGCUCAUGCGCCGCUUCAUCAACAAAGGCAGCUUCAUGACUUCUCGCAUCAACUGGGCGAUUCAAUCUUCAGGCGUUGAUUAUCUACAUCUCCUGAUUGUGAGCAUGGACUAUCUCAUUCGACGAUUCAAUAUUCAAGCUCGGCUGGCUAUCACUGUUCACGACGAGAUUCGAUACCUGGUGAAGGAGGAAGACAAGUACCGUGCCGCACUGGCCCUCCAGAUAUCGAAUGUUUGGACUCGGGCCAUGUUCUCACAGCAAGUUGGUAUCGAUGAUCUUCCCCAGUCCUGCGCAUACUUCUCAGCCGUUGAUAUCGAUCAUGUUCUGCGGAAAGAGGUGGACAUGGACUGUGUCACUCCAUCACAUCCGGAGAAGAUUCCUCACGGAGAGACACUGGAUAUCUCUCAAAUACUUGAGAAGAAUGAAGCGGCGUAUUUGGACCCUGCGAAUGUCCCCGUCUCGCCCCCUCACCCCGAAAAAUACUCUUACACCCCCCGCGAAUCGGUCAUGUCAUCUUUCCAGGCUUCCCACGACUUGGCAUUCAUCAAGGCUCAAAUCACCAAGGACGACAAGGAACUCCGUGAAAUUAUCAAGGAGAAAACCCAAGCCGCUCACAGCGGAAAAGCCGCUACGACCCGGUCCUCAUCGGCCAAAGCAAAAGGCACGACCAAUGUCUGGGCAUCCGCCAAGCCGCAACGAGCAGUCUUGAUGGAUGUUGACACUGGGCUUUACCCCGAUUUUCGAAGCCCUCGUUCCUCGAAUAAUGGACCUGGUAAGACCCAGCACCAGGUGGGCAUGUAUAAAUCUUGGAAACCCCGGCCAUCGGCUCGAGCUGAGUCGUAG